CCCACCAAUCGGUUGCGCCGCCGACAGUCCGCACACUUCUCGAAACGACGAUGUAGUUUGUAAAACCUCCGAAAAAUCGAUCGGCGCCGAACUAUCGGGAAAUCAAGACGAGAGUGCGACCCCUUCGACGCGGACGCGAUUGUCGGGUUAUUUAUUCUUUGCACUUUGAUGCAUAUUCCUUUCUUCAUUUCUUCGCUUCCUUCGCGGUCGUCUGUAAAGUGAACCUGUUUCAUGGAUUAUUAAUUAUCCUCUGCGCGCGGAUACAUCGACUUCUCGUGAUUUUUUUAUAUUACUCUCCGCAAGAAAGAUCAACAGUAUAAGAAAAUAUGACGUUACGAAAUUUACGGUUGAUAAAUCACUCGAAACGAAACAAGUAUUGACUCAAGGGACAAAGCAAAUAAAAUGAAUAUUAAUGGAAUUAACGAGGCAAUCGUAAUUUAUUAGAAAAAUUGAUAAAAUCAGCGGAAGAACGACAAUGGAUUAUUAACAUGUUAAUAAGAUACCGCGACGAUGACAGUCAUGGUCGAAUCCACGAAAAUCGAGGAAGGCAAUGGUCCUCCGAAGAUCGAGACCUUCGACGAUAUCCUACCGUACGUUGGUGAAGCGAGCAGAUACCAAUGGUUCCUGUUCAUUCUGCUCCUACCGUUUACCUUUGUUUAUGCUUUCUUGUACUUCGCACAAUUCUUCAUCACUCUCGUGCCCGCCGAACAUUGGUGUUCUAUACCGGAGUUGGACCAUUACAACCUCACGGAUCACGAAAAGAUCGCGAUAGGAAUACCUCCAGCUACCCCGGAAGAAUUACAACUGGAAGCCGCCACGUGGUUCUCAAAAUGCUACAUGUACGAUGUAAAUUACACCGAGCUGUUCGAGCAGGGUGUCAGAGAGGCCAAUCAGUCGUGGCCGUUGGUACCAUGCAAGCAAGGAUGGACUUUCAAUCAUACGAUGAUACCAUACGCCUCGAUCGCUGCCGAGCUCGAAUGGGUUUGCGACAAAACCUUCCUUGGUUCCGCGGCCCAGUCGGCCUUCUUCGUCGGCAGCAUUAUCGGCGGCCUGAUAUUCGGCUACAUAGCUGAUCACUAUGGUAGGAUCCCGGCGUUGGUAUCCUGCAACGCGGUAGGAUUUUUCGCUUCCAUCGCAACAGCGUUCUGCAACAGUUUCUGGUCCUUCUGCCUCGCGAGGUUGGUCGUCGGCGCGUCAUUCGACAAUUGCUUCAACGUACUUUUCAUUAUUGUGAUCGAAUACGUUGGUCCAAAGUAUCGAACUUUGGUGGCGAACAUGUCCUUCGGGAUUUACUUUGCCGCUGCCGCUGGUCUUCUGCCGUGGAUCGCAUAUUGGAUCGCAGACUGGAGAAUUUUAAGCGUCGUUACCGCAUUUCCGAUGAUCACCGCUUUCCUUGGUCCAUGGCUUGUCCCAGAAAGUGCACGAUGGUAUAUCAUGAGCGGCAAAAUUGAUAAGGCGAUUGGCAUGCUGAAAAAGUUCGCAAAAGUCAACGGUAAGGAAGUGAAGCAGGAGGUGUUCGAGGAAUUCGAAAAGAGCUGCAAGAGCAUGAUCGAGAAGGAUCAAUCGCACAAUCAGUACACAGUCGUGCAUCUCUUCAAAUUGCCCCGGCUGGCUCGUAUCACUGUCAUGCUUGUUAUUUACUGGCUGUUGAUAAUUCUGGUGUUCGACGGACACGUUUGGAACAUGAAGCUUUUAGAUCCCGAUGUGUUCACGUCGUUCUCCUUAGCCGCGAUGACCGAACUUCCGGCGGCGAUUCUGUUGGCACUUUUCCUUGACAGAUGGGGCAGACGAUGGAUGGGCUUCGCUUCGAUGUUCAUGUGUGGCAUUUUCUCCUUCAUCGCCAUCGGCACUCCCCCCGGUACACUAACCGUCACCAUGGCGAUUUUGGCGCGCCUCGGUGUCAAUAUCGCCGCGAAUAUCGGCUUCCAAUACGCGGCUGAGAUGUUGCCGACCGUAGUGCGAGCGCAAGGUGUGUCUCUGAUUCACAUUAUUGGUUACUUCGCCCACAUCAUCGGGCCCUACGUGAUCUACCUGGCCGACGUCAACCAAUACCUGCCGCUGAUUGUUCUCGGUCUUUUGUCGUUCCUCGACGCGUUGCUGACGUUAGCGUUACCGGAAACCCUGAACCAAGAAUUACCCGAGACUCUGCAGGAGGGUAACGACUUCGGCAAGGAUCAGAGCUUUUGGUGGAUCCCUUGCAUAUCCUCAACUCCGGAGUUGAAGAAAUCGGCGAAGAAGAAGAAGAAGAAGGAGGGUAUGGCGAACGCGGCUUUCCAAGGCAGUAUUCAAACUAUCGAUUGUACGAGAUUAUAGCGGUCGUUUGUGUUCGCCGACGAGAAUUUUGCCAAAAUCGUUGUAAAUAUCGCGAUUAAAUAAGUCGAUCGCGCGUGUGAUAGCUGUUAAGCAGAUUUGUGAGUGACGGACACGUCAAGUGCUGUAAUGUGCGAUGGCGAUCGAACGGGGACGCAAGUACGAAGUGGACGACGGUAGGAAUGCGGGAUUCAAUUCCGAGAUGUACGCUCUGAUGGACACGAAUGCGAAUUGCGAUUUCGCGCGAUUUCGAAGUCAAUGCGACCGCGUCAAGAGUGCCAGAUUACUUUUUCAAAUCGUUUCCUCGCAACGCAGCUUUCGGACUCGCCGCUCCUUUUGCCGAUGUGUGUACAAAGUUAUUUAACUAAGCAUAAUUUUAAUGAGAUUAAGUAAGCGACGAGCUGAUUCUCCCGCCGUGUUGCGAUGUCGUGAGAUAUCACGUGCAUCUAAGUGCUAAGUCGAGGAAUCCGAUUGUCUACAUUGCACAAAGCGAAGCCUGAUGUGCCAAACGUCGCAUGAUGAUUUAUUUACUUGCGAUUGAACGUAAAUAUCGCGUGCCUAAUGAAUAGUCAUAUGCACGUUCGUAGUAACUUAGCGAAUUGCUACGAUUUUAAAUUUGUGGUUCCUUACCUUCCCGAAGAACGACAUGCGCGAUACACGAAAGACUUAUUCUCCAAAAUAAUAUUGAAAGGACAGAUUAGAAUUGUGCGAAGAUAACUGUCACUUUCCUGAUGUAUCAUCAAGAAUCAUUACGAAAUUGUCACCGGCGAUAGCAAUCUUUUAUGAAUUAAGUUUCGUUAAAUAAGUAGACGAUGUUAGAUAAUUUAAUGUAUAUAGACUAGCACGGUUUUCAACCGCACAAAGAUACGUUUUUUCAUUCUUCACUGCCAAACUUGGAAAUUUUAUCAAAAAUCACACAAUGACUGCGCAGAAGAGUAUGACUAGUAUCAUUUCGCUCAUUGCCAUGUAAAGGUCGAGUAACAAUGCAUAAAAUAAAAAGACAAGUUGUUUUAUUCUCG